AUGAGUAAUUUUUUUGUUGGGUCAGGUAAUCUAGGUGCAGCUCCUGAGCUGCGCACAGUUGUGGUCAAAGGCGAGAAUCGCCAGGUGCUGAAUUUGCGCGUCUUUUUUGACUUGCAUAAGAAGGAUGCCGAAGGCAAGUGGGUUCAAGAUGAGCAAGCCUCUUUCUGGAAGACGGUUUCUCUUUGGGAUGCCCGCGCAGAGCGUGCAGCCAAGAUUUUGCGCAAGGGUGCUCGCGUGCGCGUGGAGGGGCAACUAAAGCGCCAACCCUGGACAGAUAAGAACGGCGAAGAGCGACAGGAUGAGGUGCUAGAGGCCGAAGAGAAGAGCUGCCACCAUCUCUACCAGAUGAUGCGCAUGCGUAAAAGUGGACCUACUUUGUUUGGGGCAGGCAGGGCGUGUUUUUUACUCGUCCUCCUCGUGGGAGGCUGCGCCAAUUAUCGCACCCCGGGUAACGAGAAGGCCGCUCCAAUAGCGCAAGCUUUGCAAGUGCAGCAGCGCUAUGUGGGUGGGCUACUGAAGUUCGUGACCUGCAGUGACGACUGCGAGCCAGUGCCAAAAAAGAUCUUGGAUACUGGCGAGGUGCGCAAGCAAGCAAAUUUUAUGCCAGCUGGAUCUGGCGACUCUAGCACUAAGGCUGUGGCUUUGCCGGUUGGUCUGGCCAAGGUCUCGGUGACGACGACGAUCACUCCUGCUCCUGGUGUGCCUGCUGCGCAGGCUUCCAGGGUGUCAGGGCCAGGGAAAAGCACUCAAAAGCAUGUGCGGCAAGGGUUGGGUUGGUAUGUGGUGUAUUUCGAGGGCUUGAGCGAUAGUUUAAGCCCUCGCGCAAAGGCUGUUAUAGCUGAGGCCGUCCAGGAUAACCACGACUAUUCGCAAGUUGUUUUGUUGGGUGGCUCUAGCGGUUCCAGCGCCAAGAAUAAGGUUCUAAUCCGUGAUCGUACCAGAGCGGUGAAGCGGACUUUGAUGGGCCUGGGGGUCGAUAAGCAUCGGUUGCUUGUUCGUUCCGCAGCCCACACAGACCCCACUCCCAACUUGGGGGCAUCGCUGGGCCUAAAGCUGCGUGGAAUGAAGCGCAGGGCCGGUCCUGAGGGGAUGAGAAGAGUUGAGCUGCUGUUUCUAAAGAGGACGGAUGCAGGAAUAGAGAAGUGCAAUAUGAGUGAAUCCAUACCAAAUGACUCUCCGGCCAAGGAGGAUGUGAUGCCGGAUCCGGUUUUAAAUGAAGAGGCUGCGCGGGUUCGGUGUGAUUGGUUUUUGCCAUCACUGAACCUCACGAUCAAAGUGGAAGUAGAUACCCGGGCAGAGAGGGUGUGGGUUGAGGGUAAAGAGGGCCGAGACAUUGCCAAGCACGUGGGGGCCAAUUCUUCUGGCAAAGGUUGCUUGACUGGUAAUGGUGUUGCCGUAACCUGGUGUAUAGGCCACUUAUUGGAGCAGGCAGAGCCGGAGGCUUAUCUACCUGAGACAGCUUCUAAAUAUUGGGAUUUGGCGGUGUUGCCUAUCAUUCCACCUCAGUGGAAGAUGGUGGUCAAGCCAUCCGUCAAAGAGCAGUUUGGUUCUGUCAAAGCCUUGCUGGCCAAGGCCAGUGAGGUGGUGAUUGCUACGGAUGCAGACCGAGAGGGCGAAGUCAUUGCCAGGGAAGUGAUGCAGGUUUGCGGCUACAAGGGGCCGGUCCAACGUCUUUGGCUGGGCGCACUGGACGAUGCCAGUGUGAAGAAGGCGCUGGCCAAGUUGUUGCCAGGUGCUAAAACAUUGCCCAUGUACUACUCUGGAAUGGGCAGAAGCCGAGCAGACUGGCUGGCCGGAAUGAAUUUGACAAGAGCACUUACCAAGGCUUUUGGUGCGGGAGGUAAGGAUGGAGUUUUGUCCUGUGGUCGUGUGCAAACACCCACCCUGGGGCUGAUUGUUCGCCGUGAGCGGCAAAUUCUGAAUUUCAAACCCAAGACCUAUUAUGUUCUUGAUGCAGUUUUUGAGAUGAUGAAUGCCGUGGUACCAAUGGGCUGGCAGGCGCCGCAGGCGAUGCUGGAUAAAGAUGGGCACUUGGUACAAAAAGCCGCCGUAGAGCAGGUGGCCAACAAGGUGCGCAACCAAGCAGGGCGCCUGGUGAAGGUAGACAUCAAGCCCGAGCGCGAGUUGGCACCGCUGCUUUACUCGCUGGGUAGUCUCCAGCAAGAAGCGUCCAGGCGUUACGGAAUCAAAGCCCAGGCCGUGCUUGACGCGGCACAGGCUUUGUAUGAGAAGCAUAAGGCAACAACCUAUCCGCGCACAGAUUGCGAAUACUUGCCUGAGUCGCAAAAGGCGGAAGCGCCAAUGGUCUUAGAAGCAUUGGGCAAAACGGAGCCAUCCAUGUACCCGCUGGUGCAGUUGUCUAUUAAAAAUCAAAGCGCAAAAGUACGCUGUUUUAACGACAAACAAAUCACGGCCCACCAUGCCAUUAUCCCGACCACCAAUCCAGCUGUGAGGGUAGGGGAGAUGAGCAGUAUUGAGCGUAAGGUAUACGAUCUGAUUUGCAGGCGUUACCUGGCUCAAUUUCUGGGCGAUUACGAGUACAGCAAGACAGUCAUUGAAGUCGAGUGCGUGGAUGAGCUCUUUGCGGCCACCGGUAAAACCCCACUCAAAUUGGGUUGGAAACAAGCCUAUCAAGGCCUGGAGCAGGGUGAUAGCAAGCCGAAAGGGAGACCUUCGGCUGAUGAUGCAGAGGAAAGUGGCGAAGAUGCGCAUAAAAAUGCGUCUAUUCCCUCUGUCAAAGUCGGUGACCAGGCUAUCAACCGCAAGGCCAAUGUGAACGCCAAACAAACAAAACCGCCCAAGCGUUACACCGAGGGCACUCUCCUGGCCGCCAUGGAAAACAUCGCCAAGGAGAUAGAAGACCCUCGGUUGAAAAAAAUCAUGCAGAGCAAAGAAAAAGCAGGAAUAGGGACCGAUGCCACCCGGGCGGAAGUGAUAGAAACGCUGUUUAGGCGGGAUUUCAUAGAACUUGAUAAGAAAAAUCUCCUCCCUAAACCCAAAGGUAUGCAACUCAUAGAGCUGAUCGAGCGCAUAGAGCCCAGCCUGGCCGAUCCCGUGCUUACCGCCGAGUGGGAGGAUAUGCUGGGACAGGUAGAGGCUGGCGCGAUCCAACUGGCUGAAUUUGAGGCGGAUAUUGCUCAGUGGCUCAGGACUUUGAUCGACUCUAUUAAAGCCAAAGCAGAAUCUGAGAGCCGUAUUGCGGUCAAAUCAGCAAGAAAUCCGACUGGGCAAGGGGUAGAUAUGGCUCCCAAGCCAACUGCCUAUAAAUGCCCUAAAUGCGCGAGUUCAUUAAGUCAGAUAGGCCGUAAGCUGGAGUGCAAAGCUGGUGGCUGUGGUUUUGGGAUGUGGGCCAGCGCCUCAGGUAAGGAUAUUCCGGCCCAGGAUAUUGAAGCUUUGCUUGCAGGCCGAGAAACAAAUUUGAUUGAGGGCAUGAAAAGCAAAGAAGGCAAGCUCUUUGCAGCUAGGCUCAAGUUGGAUGAGAAUGACUGGAAGGUUAAGUAUGCGUUUGAGAACACUCGCGCACAAAUGCCAGCUCAAAAUUCAGCUGGACCAGCCAAAUCGCCCGUAAUGCUCACUGGCAAAGAAACCUAUCUCAAGGUGUCAUUUGACGAUAAAGACAAAGUCAAAGCCCUGGGUGCUCGCUGGAGCAGUGAACGCAAGGCUUGGUAUGUGCCAACUGGGGUGGACUCCAAGCCUUUUGAACAGUGGAUUCUGCUGGGGCUUCUGGGUGCUUUUCUAUUGGCCACCAACACCAGAGUCUCUAAAUACGGAUGGCUGCUGUUUCUGCUGGCCAAUGUGGCCAUGGUGGCCUUUGCCAUUUCUGUCGGUGCUAAUGGUCUGCUGUUGCAGCAGCUGGGGUUUACGAUGCUGGCGGCCGCCCGGGCGACGGGCUUAGAGCCUGCUCUAAUCCGCGCUGUGGCCGCUGUGGAAUCUCGCUACAACAGCCAGGCCAAGUCUCCAGCUGGGGCAGCUGGGGUUAUGCAGCUGAUGCCAGGUACUGGGCGCAUGCUCGGCUUGGAUGAGCGUGGCUUGUAUCAUCCCGGAGCUAAUUUGUAUGCCGGUGCCCAAUACCUGGCUCAGAUGCAUGAUUUAUUUGACGACUGGAGCUUGGCCAUAGCCGCUUACAACGCAGGGCCAGGAGCCGUUAAAAAGUAUGGUAAUCGAAUCCCGCCCUAUCAAGAGACCCAGAACUAUGUGCGUAGCGUUUUUCGUUUUUAUGCCUUGUUCAAGGCGGCUGAGGUGAGGGCAGGGGAAGUGGAUCAAGAAAAAAUUGAUGUGCAGGUGAGCACUCGCGAACUCAGAGGUCUGGUCUCUGAUAACCCGAUGGGCAAUAUCCGCUUGGCAAAAGCGCAAAAAAGGCAAGCUAAACAGCAGCUCAGUCAGGCCGACAUUCAAAACAUGCUGAUGACAUUCGACACCAAGACAGCGCUUGGUAUGCGUAAUCGAGCGAUCGUGGAGUUGAUGUAUGCAUCAGGUAUCCGCGUCAGCGAACUCAUCAACCUGACGCUCUAUAGCCUUAAAUUGACCGAGCGGCACGCCCAUGUCGUAGGCAAAGGUGGCUGCGCUCGGGUGGUGAUUUUUGGAGAGGACGCUCAGCGCUGGCUGGACUCUUACCUACAGCAUCUCCCAAAGAAAACGCCCGCCAAAGAUAAACCGAGCCACUUCUACCUUUAUUUUGGAGUUGAUGGACUUAGGGUUGCCCCAUUCCAGAGGAGACAUUUUGGAUAUUAA